UAUAUAUAUAUGGACCAAGAGUGGUAUGAUGAGUUUGGGAAUUAUAUAGGACCAGAAGUGGAAGAGUCAAGUGCGGAAUCAGAAGAUGAAAACGACCGUGACUUUGCUCCAGCGUCACCACAGUUGGAACAAGCUCCUGAAGAGAACGGAGAAGUGGAGACAACGCAAACUUUUGAGUCGCAAAUUGUUCUGGCAGAAGACAAGAAAUACUAUCCUACUCCAAUGGAAGUUUACGGUGAAGAAGUUGAAACUAUUGUACAAGAAGAAGAUACUCAACCCCUUUCCCAGUCUAUAAUCGAGCCGGUGAAAAUGAAGCUGUUUGAAAGAGUGGAAAGAGAAAUUCCCAAAACAACCUAUAGCAAAGAAUAUCUUGCGAAUGUAGCGGGAAACGCUUCCCUAGUUCGUAACGUUGCAGUUGUUGGGCAUCUUCAUCACGGCAAGACAAGUUUAUUGGAUACUUUGAUCAGACAGACACAUGAAAUCCAAUGGAAAGAUAAACAAGGAAGACCCUUGAAAUAUACAGACACUCGAAAAGAUGAAGUAGAGAGGGCUAUUAGUUUGAAGGCGACUCCAAUGACUAUCUUACUUCCGACUAUGACUGGAAAGAAUUAUGCCGUUCACUUUAUGGACGUUCCGGGACACGUGAAUUUCUUUGAUGAAGUAGUGACUUCUUUAAGAAUAGCUGACGGUAUUCUUUUAGUAGUCGAUGUUGUAGAAGGUCUCAUGUCGGGAACUGAAUUGGUUUUAAAACAUGCACUAAUGGAAGGUCUAGCCAUAACUUUGGUUUUGAACAAAAUGGAUAGACUCAUUUUAGAACUUCGGUUGCCCCCAUCAGACGCAUAUUUUAAGAUUUUACAUACGUUGGACGAUAUUAACUCCACAAUUCGUAAAUAUGUCGAACAAUUCCGUUUGGAGAAUUUUCCGAUUCUUUCACCAGAACGUGGAAAUGUUGCAUUUGCUUCGGCUCUUCAAGGAUGGUCUUUUACUCUUGCACAAUUUGCCAACCAUUACUUGAUGGAAUAUCCGGAAUGUCCUUUACCUUUAGAAGCAUUAGUUUCUAGACUGUGGGGAGAUAUAUAUUAUGAGAAAGAAAACCGUAAAUUUGUUAAUCAACCAUCUUCAUCACAAGACGAAGAAGUUUUUCGUACAUUUGUAUCCUUCAUAUUGGAGCCUUUGUAUAAAUUGACAUCUGCAGUCGUGUCUUGUAAAGUAGAGGAUUUGAAGAAAAUCAUGCAAUCCUUAGGACUCCAUUUUAAGAAUAAGGAGUAUAUGUCAGACGUUAAGCCUCUUUUACAGCAUUGCCUUUCAUCAUUUAUGGGUCCUUCAACAGGUUUAGUAUCCAUGCUCGUUGAUUGCAUUCCCUCUCCUUUGUACAGUUCGAAACAUAAAGUACAAUCCUUUUACACAGGUCCUAUGGAUUCAGAGGUUGUAGAAUAUAUGAUGAACUGUGAUAGUCAAGGGCCACUCGUGGUAUUGGUGACUAAGUUGAUACCUAAUCCCAGCUUUGAAAGAUUUUAUGCAUUGGGAAGAAUCAUGAGUGGACGUAUUCAACCUGGACAAAAAGUUCGAAUACUUGGAGACAACUAUGAUCCAGAAUUUGACGAUGAAGACCAAGCUGAAGAUAGAGUUUCGCAUAUAUACAUUCCAGGUGGCAGAUAUAAAUUGGAAGUGACGGCAGCUUAUGCAGGUUCCUGGAUACUUAUAGAAGGCAUAGAUGACUCGAUAUUUAAAAGUGCAACUGUUAUAACUUCGGAAUAUGAAUCUUGGAAGGAUAUGCAUAUAUUUCAGCCAGCAACAUCCAUUUUAGGAACUGGAGUCAGUUGUCCAGUUGUAAGAGUUGCCAUUGAACCAUUGAGACCUUCAGAGUUACCAAAAAUGGUUGAUGGCUUAAGAAAAUGCAAUAAGAGCUAUCCAGCAUUGCAAACCAAAGUUGAAGAAAGUGGAGAACAUGUCAUCUUAGGAACAGGAGAAUUAUAUCUCGACUGUGUUUUAUAUGACUUGAGAACCACUUUUGCUGAAAUAGAAGUGAAAGUAUCCGACCCUUCGGUUCCUUUUUGUGAGACGGUUUCUGAUACUUCAUCUAUAAAAUGUUUUGCGGAAACUUCCAACAAGAAAAACAAGAUUACAAUGAUUGCUGAGCCAUUAGAAAGUGGAUUGGCGGAAGAGAUUGAAAGUGGUUCAUUCUCCUUGGACAACAAUAGAGAAAGAUUUGAGAAGAUGGUUCGUGAGCAGUAUGACUGGGAUAUUCUGGCAGCUCGUGGUUUAUGGACAUUUGGACCGAGCUCCUUAAAUGGUCCCAAUGCCUUGUUAGAUGAUACGUUACCUGGUGGAGAUACGGUAAGUUAUUCUUUGAAUCCCAAUCAAUCAUUUGAUGGCAAGCAGGAUAAAAGUUUAUUGUAUCAAGUACGUGAUUCCAUCAUACAAGGCUUUCAAUGGGCAGUUCGAGAAGGUCCUUUAUGCGAUGAGCCAGUUCGUGGAGUGAAAUUUCGUUUGUUACACGCACUCAUAGCCAAUGAUCUAGUUGCUCGUAAUCCAGCACAAUUGAUACCAGCAACUAGAAGAGUUUGUUAUUCUUCGAUGUUAACUGCAAGUCCUCGACUUAUGGAACCUAUUUAUUCAGUGGAAAUUAUUUGUCCAGCAGAUUGUGUUGCAGCAGUGUAUACAUUAUUAGCUCGACGUCGAGGUCAUGUAACAGAAGAUGCUCCAAAACCUGCAAGUCCUUUAUUUACUUUGAAGGCUUUUAUUCCAGUUUUGGAUUCUUUUGGAUUUGAAGUUGACCUUCGUACUUUUACGCAAGGCCAAGCAUUUUGUCUUUCUAUGUUUGAUCAUUGGGAGAUGAUGCCAGGUGACCCACUCGAUCAGAAUAUCAUUCUCAAGCCUUUGGAACCUUCUCCAGCAUCGGCACUAGCCAGAGAAUGCCUUGUGAAAACAAGAAGACGUAAAGGGCUCAGUGAGGAUGUAUCUAUAGUCAAGUAUUUUGAUGAUCCAUGGUUACUAGAACUUGUUAGAACCCAAUUAGAGAAUACGGAUUGAAGAAUCGUCCUACCAUCAUCAUA